AUGUUCUUCCUCAUACUUGUCCUGCUUCACUCUUCCCCUGUUUUCGCUUCUUCAUCCUCCAUUGCUGCACUUACAAGAGGUAAAGAAGCGGAAACUCUUCUAAAAUGGAAAGCUAGCCUUGACAACAACACCCGAACUUUGCUCUCUUCUUUGUGGGUUGGAGACAGCCAUUGCAGCUGGGUUGGAAUUGCCUGCGACAAGGCUGAAAGCAUCACCAAUCUAAGCCUUCCAGAUUAUGGGUUGAAAGGUACACUUGAUAGUCUUAACUUUCUUUUCUGCCAUAACCUGAGGAGGCUUAACCUUCGUAACAACUCACUGUAUGGGCCCAUUCCCACACACAUUGGGAACCUUUCCAAGCUCACCUUCCUUGACUUGUCAUACAAUAACUUUUCGGGGAAUAUUCCAUCCGAAAUUUGCUUAUUGAAAGGUCUUGAGUUGAUUUCCUUGGCAAGUAAUGAGAUCAGUGGUUACAUUCCAUUAGAGAUAGGGAGGCUGAGUUCAGUUUCCGAGAUUUAUUUCUUUGAUAACUAUCUACGUGGUUCUAUCCCCGCUUCUAUAGGAAACUUGACCUACUUAUCUGUUCUCUACCUCUAUCGAAAUAUGUUUUUUGGGUCGAUACCUCAAGAAAUAGGGAUGCUUAAUUCUCUCACUGAUUUUGAGUUGGGUUAUAAUAAUUUCUCUGGUUCAAUCCCUACUUCCAUAGGAAACUUAACCAGUCUAUCCACUCUCUACCUUCAUCGAAAUGUGUUUUCUGGGUCGAUACCUCAAGAGAUAGGGAUGCUUAAAUCUCUCACUGACUUGGGGUUGAGUCGAAAUAAUUUCUCUGGUUCAAUCACUGCUUCCAUAGGAAACUUGACCAGAAACUUGACCAGUCUAUCCACUCUCUACCUCCAUCGAAAUAUGUUUUUUGGGUCGAUACCUCAAGAGAUAGGGAUGCUUAAAUCUCUCACUGGCUUUGCGUUGGGUCAAAAUAAUUUCUCUGGUUCAAUCCCUGCUUCCAUAGGAAACAUGUCCAAGCUUAUGAAGAUAUAUCUUAUCUAUAACCAUUUAUCAGGGCCAAUUCCUUCAACGCUCGGCAAUCUUACUCAUUUGCAAUCAUUACAAUCAGGAGAUAACCAUCACAGUGGUCCAUUAUCUAAAAAUUUAUGCAGGGGUGGACAACUCGCAAAUCUUUCAGUUAUCAACAACAAUUUGACGGGUCGUAUCCCACCAACUUUGAAAAAUUGCAUAAGUUUAUACAGAGUUAGGCUUGAAGGAAACAACUUUACAGGAAAUAUAUCAGAAACUUUUGCUGUGUAUCCGAAUUUGAAUUAUAUUUCAUUAAGCAACAACAGAUUUUAUGGUGAACUUUCUCCUAAAUGGGGACAAUGUCAUAAUCUAACAAGCCUACAAAUCUCCAAUAACAACAUUUCUGGAAAGAUCCCACAAGAGUUGCAACAUGCAACUCAGUUACAGGAACUCGAUCUCUCUUCAAAUCAUCUUGUUGGUGAGAUUCCCAAGGAAUUAGGAGCAUUGACAUUGAUGUUCCGUCUUCUGCUAAGUGGUAACCAACUUUCAGGCAAAAUUCCACCAGAGAUUGCAAUCCUAGAUUUGAGUCAUAAUUCAAUUAUUGGAGCGAUACCACAACAGCUUGGGGAAUUACAUUUCUUGGAAAUAUUGGAUCUUUCUCACCAUAUGCUCAAUGGUUCCAUCCUAAUUUCUUUCAAUGAUUUACAAAGCUUGACUGUUGUGAAUAGCUCUUACAAUCAAUUAGAAGGCCCUAUUCCCAACAUUAAGGCAUUCCUUGAGGCUUCAUUUGAUGCCUUAAGAAAAAAUAAUGGCCUAGGCACAACUGGGAGAUUUUUUCACAUUGUGGUGAUAUAA